AUUUUACUAAACUCAAACUCCUUCAUCUGAUGUGACUUCCAAUACUGUCUAAAAUGGCUUUCAAAGUACCAUUUAGAGUAUGGAUUGGUGUGCUAAUCUUCAUGACGACGUUCACCAAUUAUGUACUGAGAGUGAAAAUAUCGAUUAGCGCUUUGACAAUGUCUACACCACGACAAGUCCCUGAAUUCGAUGAUAGACCUACAGUGGCGCCUUCCGAAUGUCUCCCCGACACCACCAAAACUACCAAAACAAGAGAAGCGGGGGACGAAGAUGUCGCUUUCAUAAACCCAGCAAACGUGGUCUUUGUCUACAUGUUGGUGCGCGAACUGGUGGACGAAGACAUAGACUGCGAACAAGAUCUGCAGGCGGUGGUGCUGAUAUGUCUUUACCUCAGUUAUUCCUAUAUGGGCAACGAGAUCUCCUACCCUCUGAAGCCGUUCCUCGUCGAGGAUUCCAAGGACAAGUUCUGGGACAGGUGUCUCGAAAUCGUGAACCGAUUGUCCUCAAACAUGCUCUGAAUAAAUGCCGAACCUUCCUAUUUCACCGAGAUCUUCACCGAACUGAAGACAUGUGGUGUUGGUAGCAUAGUAGGAAACAACGUCGCUGCAAUGGGAUGUCAAACAGUUCCGGUGGCCGCUUGCAACACAGGAUCCGCGACCGCUUGACAUAAAGAGCUAACCGUGGUUAAGCUCAAGCUGACCGAGACGCCGACCGUUCCCUGCGAAGUGUAACUGCCACACUCUCCUAAAAAGAAAACAUCCCCGUCGUAUCGGAUUAGCGACUACUACUUAAAAGAUAUGUUAAAUUGAAUACACGGUUUGAGAAAAGGAUCAAACGAUUUUAAAAAUAUGGCUUGUGAAGAACGAAUCAUUAAGAUUAUUUCAGUAUUGAAAUUGAGAUCGUUGACAUUGAAAAAUCUUCUCGUUCGAACAUUUCAAAUAUUUAAAUUAUGUAAAUAUUAUUUGGUAAUAUACAAUGGAUAUUUGUCCCACCUUAUGUAACGUUAAUAUUUGAAAUGUUUAUCACUUUGGUCGAUCGUUCUUUUCAAAACUCCUUAUGAAAAAAUGUAGUAAAUUCUUAAAAGUAUAGAAAAAACAGAAAAAAAAAGAAAAAAUAAAUGACCGCAGCUCGAUGAUUUUCAUUG